UCAGCUCUACUUUUAUAUUUGAUUUUGUAUUGGAAGAGAAAGGCGAAGCUGCAGCACGAUGUCCACGGUAUCGAGACCAGUCGGCUCCAUCAGAGGGAGCCAGAUAGAAGUGUACGAAAAUAUUUGGAAGAAGCUCAAAAUAGCUACCAUCGAUGUGGAUAAGGUGCUAAAGGCCAAGGAGCUGCUGUCCGCGAUGCAGCGCCGCAAGGCAUUCAGGAACCUGUUUGGCCUGGAGGUCAGUGAUGGCAGUGAACUGAAUAUUGACGCCAUGUAUCGGCUGCAGUCGGUGCACAGCCUCCGAAAGAUGACAAUUUUGGAGGACUCCAAUACCAGUGAAGAUGUCGAGUUCGAGGGGGAAGAGGAGCUAAGCGAGGAUAGUUGCCAGUUGCCAUUUGACGAGGAGCGCUGGGGCAAUUUCUUCACAGACUUUGAGAUCCUCGGCGUACCGGAGGGCGUCAACCCCAAUGGGAACAACCAGUGCGUCGAGCUGGGCUACGGCAGUACCGACGAGGAGCUGAACAUGUAUUUGCAGACUGGCGUACGCUGUUUUAUGGUCGACCUAUUCCGUGGACCCCUGGGUAGGACUCAGGAUCUGGUUGUCCGGCUGCGCGAGGCAGAGAUCGCCGUGUCCAAGGAGUACGGCUUUCCCGUCGUCUCCACCAUCAUUGCCAAGUUGUCGCCGCGCCAUCAGUACAGCGGAUACUUGGUCGAGGAAUACACGGCGGGAGUUAAGCUGUGCCGGGGCGAUAGAAUCACCCUGACUACCGACCGGGACUAUUCGCUCUUUUGCACGUCCCGCGUGAUUUACGUGAAUGCGCGCUUCCUGCUGGUGGAGGUUCGAAAGUUUGAUAUCAUCCUGGUGGGCGAGGAUAUACAGCUGAUGGUGCGCACCGUCCGCCAGGAUCACCUCAUGUGCUGCGUCUGCCGAGAGGGCACCCUUCAGUCGUUUAUGCCGGUGCUCUUCCCGCAACGCUGCAGUCGAUAUCGCGUCUCCUACGAGGAGGUGGAGGACUUGACAUUCUCCCGCGAGGUGGGCAUCAACGUGGUCAUAUCCAACAUCGCCGGCACCGUGCAGUACGUGAUCGACAUGGAGAGGGUCAUGACGCAGCUGCAGUGCGACGGUCUCAGACUCUACGCCCGCGUGGUGAUCAACGACAUUAAAGGCUGCGAUGGGGACAUGAACUGGGUGGCGCAGCACUACGACGGGCUGCUGGUGGAGCUCUCGGAGCCUCCGAAUGUCCCAGACAUUUUGCAAAUCUGUCCCGAUGCCCAGUGCAUCCUGCAGCUGACCCAUGCUGCCAAGAAGCCCAUCAUAUUCAAUCCGUGGCACAUUAGCCAGCAGCGCUUGCGUGUCGAUCCCGAGCAUUAUUACCACGUGUUCUUCUAUCCGGACAAAUAUCUGGUGAGGUCGGACCAGUACCAGGGAGUCUUCUACUUUAGUUUCUUGCAAAGCGCCAUUUUCGAUCAGAUCCUGCCGAUGGCCCUCUCCAAGAUGCCCCUCUGCGACAGCUCGCACACGGGUGCCGACGGCAUGGCCCGGGCUGUCGUUGCCGCCUCCAUGGAGGCGAACGCCGCAGCCAUUGUCAUUUGUGGCGUCACCACGCGCAUGGUCCAGAAAGUGGCGCACUUCAGACCCAAGACGCCCAUCCUGUUUGUCAGCCACAUGCGCUCCGCCGAGGACUACGUCUCCCUGUACCACAAUGUCACCAUGCUGCCGUUUCGCACCAGCUUCUUCACCGGCCAUCAGCGCAACAUCUACAGCAAGUCCGUCUUUGCCCUGGCCUAUCUCGCCUCGCGCAAGAGCAUCAAGGACGGGGACAAGAUAAUACUGGUCUACAACUACGCCACGGGCACCACGUUUCCCGAAAAGUAUUUGAUCUAUACCUUCGAUAAGAAACAUUUCGUGUCCCACUUGGGCAAGUCGCUAUUUCCACAGGAUGCGCAAUGCGAUGUCUGCCCAGAUAAGAAGGGCAUCUUUGUGUAUACUCACUGAGCAGUGAUAGCUACCAGGUUUCCGCUAGCUGUGCAAACUUAAAUUGAAUUGUUAUGAUAAAUGUAUUUAAUCGGAAUGUGUUAUCCUUAACUGUAAGCUAAUCUGUAGAGUUAUUCAAAUAUACACAUACAUACA